GCGGUGCCUGAGCGCUUGGAUGGAGGGCGGUUGGCUUGGAUGGUUGGAUGGAGCAGGCUGCCUGGCUGGAUGGGAUGGAGGGCGCCUGGCUGGAUGGAGGGGGUUUGGGGCUGGAUGGAGGGGGCCUGGCUGGAGGUGGCUGGCUGGAUGGAGGGGCCUGGUUGGAUGGAGGGGGUCUGGAUGGAGGGGGCCCUGGCUAGGGGCCUGGCUGGAUGGAGGGGGCUGGAUGGAGGGGGGCCUGGCUGGAUGGAGGGCACCUGGCUGGAUGGAGACUGGAUGGAGGGGCCUGACUGGAUGGAUGGAGGGGGCCUGGCUGGAUGGAGGGGUUUGGAAGGAGGGAGGGCAGGAGCUUGGUGCGUGUGGAUGGAAGGUGUUUGA